CUUUUUUAAUUCUUUCAUUUUUAGCGAAACAUUUUCAUUGUUAGAACGUUGGCAAGAAUCUUGGAACAAAAUCGUGCAAUUAGAAGAAAAGGCAUCAGCCCCCGGUCGCUUCAAAAACCGCGGGGGAACUUUAUUGCAAGAAGAGAAAGAACGCAAUGCCCUCCAAAAAAGAAUUCCAAAAUUCGAAGAGCGCCUAAUUGAAUUAGCCAAUAACUAUAAAAUGCGAACAGGGCACAACUUCUUAUCAUGGGGCGAAAAAAUAGAAGAUUUAAUUUCAAAAGCCCACAACGAUUACAAAAUUGAAAAGGACAUCAAACUUAGCGCUAGGAAACAACAAAAAGGACUUACACCUGGGGGAUCAACGCUUUGCUUAACAUCCGCUGUAAGCGGGAGCAGAUUACGUUUGGAUAUGAUUACUCCGAAAUCAGCGAGUAAACGCCCUCCACGAACGGCACUUUUUUCUGGUAGUAACAAAAAGCCGAAAGUAACUCCUAAUAAAUUGGCCGUGCCGUUAAUUCAAAUUAACGAACAAGUUGUAAAGCGUCGUUCUAGAACAUCUAUGGAACGACAAAAAUGUUUGCGUAAGAUUAGAAACAUUGCGACGGGGAUUAAAAAAAGGGAGGAGAUGAAAUUAAAUACCACUUUUGUGGAUUACGAUAUAUUCACUGGGGAAUUACAAGGAGAUCAUCGAAGUACUUGUGUAUUUGAAAAUACAUCCAAACCAACCCAAGCCCCUUCAAAUUAAUAAUCAGAUUAUUUUUAGUUUGUCAGCAAUAUUUUUUACAUUUCAUUAUUAGUAGGUCCUUUAAUUUGUUUAUUUUAACUUUUAAGAUUAGAUUUAAUAAUUUUAUUUGUAUUGUGAGAAUAUAUGGAUUAUUAGCGUUUAUUUGUUAUCAGAAGUGAAAUAUUUAGAGUUUAACCUAGCUUAAUAUUUAAAAUUAACCAUAUCAUAAAAGCUUAUUAAUACACUAAUCAAAAUACACAGAUUAGUAACUUUAAAGUUAAUUAAACGCAUUGAUGGAGAUCAAUUGUAACUUUAAAGUUGCAAAUUUGUGUACUAAUUUUUAUAAUAUAAACAGUAUAAGAAUAUUAUAAAGUAACUAAACAAAUA